GAAAAUAACGAACAGAAAAAAAAAAUCAAGGAAAAAAAGAGAGAGAGAGAGAGAGAGAGAAUCAAAAGGUAUUAAAUUGGCUUAUUUUCAUUCUCUCUCUGUCUCGUGGGUCUUUCUCGAGAUCUUUUGCAGAUUCUCUCGAAAUCUCUUCCCCCCACCGAAGGAGAAGAAGCUCUUGAGAGAAUCGGGAUUCCUUCCUAGUUCCCCCCCUGUAAUACACAAUCGGAAUUCGUACUCGCUCUUGUUACUGUCAUUUUGUGGGUUUUUUCUCUGAGAAUCAGCGGAAAACCUCCCGAUUUCCAGGAGCUACGAGAAACUUCCCUGCUGAAGAAGAUUCAGUCGCUUCAUUCAUGAUGAGUCAAGACUUGAAUGGGGUGGAGUUACAUCACAGGAGGUAUGGUUUAUUGAAAGACCAAGUGCAAGUGGUCAAGAGAAAGGACUCCGAUCGGUACGAGAUAGUUCCCAUUCAAGAUCGGUUGUCUUUCGAGAAGGGCUUCUUUGCAGUCAUCCGGGCUUGCCAAUUGCUAUCUCAGAAGAAUGAUGGGAUCAUAUUAAUUGGAGUUGCUGGUCCUUCUGGUGCUGGGAAGACCGUUUUUACCGAGAAGAUACUCAGUUUCAUGCCAAGUAUUGCUGUCAUAUCCAUGGAUAACUACAAUGAUGCUAGUAGAAUUGUGGAUGGAAACUUUGAUGAUCCACGGUUGACGGACUACGAUACACUACUCAAGAAUCUUGAAGACUUAAAGGAAGGAAAGCAGGUUGAGGUUCCAAUUUAUGAUUUCAAGUCCAGUUCCCGCAUCGGAUACAGGACACUUGAUGUCCCGGCUUCACGGAUUGUGAUUAUCGAAGGAAUCUAUGCUUUGAGCGAAAAGUUGCGACCUUUGCUGGAUCUUCGCGUGUCCGUUACUGGCGGAGUUCACUUUGAUCUCGUUAAACGGGUUCUCCGUGAUAUACAGCGUGCAGGCCAAGAGCCAGAAGAAAUAAUCCAUCAGAUAUCUGAAACGGUAUAUCCUAUGUAUAAAGCUUUUAUAGAGCCCGAUCUCCAGACUGCUCAUGUGAGGAUUAUAAACAAGUUCAAUCCAUUCACCGGCUUUCAAAGCCCGACAUAUAUCUUGAAGUCGGGAAGGAAAGUGUCUGGGGAUCAAAUCAAGGCUGUUCUAUCUGAAGAACAUGCAGAGAGUAAGGAGGAGAUUUAUGAUAUAUAUCUUCUUCCUCCAGGUGAAGAUCCAGAGUCAUGCCAAUCGUAUUUGAGGAUGCGCAACAAAGAUGGCAAAUACAGCCUCAUGUUCGAGGAAUGGGUUACCGAUAGCCCUUUCGUGAUUUCUCCGAGGAUUACUUUUGAAGUGAGUGUCCGCCUUCUCGGUGGGCUUAUGGCAUUGGGAUACACAAUAGCUACCAUCCUUAAAAGGAAUAGCCAUGUAUUUGGUAAUGACAAGGUCUUUGUGAAAAUCGAUUGGCUUGAGCAACUGAACCGUGAGUACAUUCAGGUGCAAGGUAAAGAUCGGCUACUUGUGAGAGAUGUUGCAGAGAAGCUGGGACUGGAAGGAUCAUACAUUGCACGGACUUAUAUCGAACAGAUCCAAUUGGAAAAACUAAUAAACGAAGUCAUGGCCCUACCAGAUGAUUUGAAGACCAAGCUUAGCCUAGAUGAGGACUUGGUGUCGAGUUCAAGCCCGAAGGAAGCUCUUUCACGAGCCUCUGCUGAAAGAGUUGCUAUGAGGAACAAGAACCUCCAAAGGGGCAUGUCUCAUUCAUAUUCUACUCAGAGAGAUAAGAACCUGUCCAAGCUUGCUGGAUAUGCUUCGGAUAGUAGGAGAUACGAAGAACGAAAUCAAGAGUCCCGGGCGAUUUUGGCAAACCAGGGAUUUAUGACUCAACUUUCGGAGCAAAUCUCAUCGCUGAAUGAUAGAAUGGACGAGUUCACAGCUCGGAUCGAAGAGCUUAAUUCCAAGUUGAACAGCAAGAGGAAUUCUCCGAGCCCACAGAGCAUGGCUCUUCAAGCUGAAGCCUGUAAUGGGUCUGCCCCUACUACACAUUUCAUCGCUGGUUUGGACAACGGGUGUCUGACCAGUUCCAUAAUGCCGAACUCUUCCUCGUCCUCCCUCUUGGCCAAGGAUUCAUCAUUAAUGGAAGAGAUAGCGAUGAUAGCGAGAGGACAGCGCCAAGUGAUGCAUCAGGUGGACAACCUUUGCAACCUCAUGAGGGAAACCACGACAGAGAGGUUGAACAUAGCUAGAACAGGAAGAAGUAAUAGCAGAAAUGACAGAACCAGAACAAGAACAAUGGUGUCUUCCACCAUUGAUGAGCCCAUAAGAAGCAGCAGCAGCAGCUUUCCUCUAAUGGCGACAUUGGCCAUUGGCGGUAUUGGCAUUGUAUUGUGGAAGGGCUUCUUCAUUAACCGGCACUGACCCCAUCUUCUUUCAGAGCUAUUCUAUGGAACUUCAGUCUUCUUCCUCUGUUUCUCACUUGGAACUUUGCCCUCUUCUUCACAGAAUGAUUCUGUUUGAACAUUUUCAGAGAUAGUGUGGAAGCAUUUUGAGGAAAAGCUUCCAAACCGGUUUUUCUCUAUUAUGGUGGAUGAAGACGGCAUUUCUCCUCAUUUUGGAAAGACUAUAAUAAUUUCGAUUCAUUUCAAUAAAAUCUCUUAGAUUUUCAGCC